AUGAAGGCAGCGCUGGUUGGCAAGGAAGACCUUUGCGAGGACCCCUUCCUUGCGCGUUUCAAUGGGCCGGCCGAGUUUUUUCCUAGAGAGAUACCCGGGCCCAUGGCCACCUGGCAGCUUUUAGACUUGGCCAAGGAAAUCUUCCUUAGAAAGCGCGGCAGUGGUACCCCACCCGCCAUAGGUGCACCAGCCCUGCUGCGGUGGGAGACAGCAGGGCCUCCCGUCGCAGACGGCGUGCAGUCAGGGAGAAGCAACGGCAGCAGCUCUCUCACUCACUCUCUUGGCACGCUAGACAGGGUGGAGCCAGCCGCUUGCCACUGCGUAACCACAGUGGUCGCACUGCAGCUCGCGGAAGUCCUCCGCACCCGCUCCGCCGACGACCCGCAGCUUCACACGGCCGCCUUGGAGUAUGCGGAGCGGAUCGAGGAGGAGAAACUCCCUGACGAGACGCUUGAAAGCCUCCUCGCCUGGCAAGUCCUUGAACAUUGCUCGGGCACCCCAGGGCCACUGGACCUCCCAACCCUUGCAGCCUUCGCAGACAUCGCUAGUGAGAGUUAUGUUGACGGCCGACAACAGCCACUCACGCUGGCGGUUGCCAAUGUGACCAAGUGGAGGCCGGAGAUCCUCCAGUGGUAUCUACAAACAAGAGCCACCUGCCUCCUCGCUCAGGAAACGCACCUCACUCUUGAGCAGGAGGCAAAGGCCAAGGCUGCCCUUAAUGGAGUCGGGCUCCACUCCUUUUGGGCGGGAGCCACAGCAGCCAACCAUGGCAAAGGGGGUCUUGUGGUCGCCACACCCUGGCAAGCGCAUCCAAGGCUGGUCCGUUCUUUCUGCGUCGAAGGAUGCGGGUUCCUAGCCAUCGAACUUCCUAGGGUUAAAUGGCGUUUGGUCAUCGUUUCGGUGUACCUCAAAAGCAGCACUGGUCUGCAAGCCGAACCCAACACCACCAUCCUGGCGGAACUGCUUGCACUUUUGCAGCGCAUCCCCAAUUGGUUGGUAGCAGGUGACUGGAACGUUGACAUGGACAAAGUGGCUAGCACCCACAUAGCCGAGACUGCGCGUGGGGUCCUCCUUGGCAGCAGGGAGGCGGCCUUGGAGUCCGGCAACACUUUGGACUACGUUUUGGCCAGCCGCUCAGUGGCGGGACUGAUCCAUCUUAGGGUCGAUAAGGUGGUGCCUUUCGCCCCCCAUUUCGCCCUGUUUUUGGAUGUCGACCUCGCGCACGGCCUUCUCAGCCUCCCCACCCUCAAAGGUUUCGCCAAGCCACCUGAAGUCCUCCCGAGCCCCCAAACAGCGUCCUCCGCUGAAGGUGGCCGCGGGCCAACUAAAGGGACUGGGGUCACCCCUCCCACUGAGGCCGCACCUGCAACCCCCUCCGAGUGCGUGCCUCAGUUUGAUCCUCUGCGGACGCUCCAAAGUCCCGCGCCCGCAGUAGGAGGUGUGCCGCUCCCUAAGAACCUCGCCACCACGGAGUUUGCAGUCUUCUCGGGCUCUGUGGAGCUGUCAAUCUUCGGUAGCGUCCAAGGGCGCGGGGCUAAUGUGCCCAUCGUCUAUCAGCCCGUCUUGAGGGACGACCAGCAGGCCCAAAGAUGGCACGGGAAACCGCACGCUCUUCUCAGCCUCAUCGCACGCAGCGUCAAGGGGCUUGAUGUCCAGAAACCUGUGCCUGAAGAUCUCCUCCAGCAUGUGGUGGAGUUCGUCAGAGACGAAAAAGGCGAGGAGCCCCUUCCGGAGUGGGCGGAGGCAUUAGGCUUAGAGUCCUGCCAGCUGCCUGGGGAGCAGGUCCGCAUCACGCCGGAGCAACGCGACUUCGCCUCCCACUCCAUCACUCAGGAGCUUGCGCUUUGCAGGUUAAAGGUUAACCGCCGCAGCAAGGAGGAUUACGAGAGGUGGCUCAGCUCCGGCAGUUCCGGCAGCCUGAAGCCUUUGUUCAAGUGCUUGCGCAAAUAUGAGGCCGCUGUGGAGCGGCCCUUCGCCACUUUCUCCGCAGCCAGCAAGCUGCUGCUCCGGCUGCAGCAGUGGGCGCAACUGUGGCGCAGCACGGGCGUCGCCCCGGACCUCACUCACGACGCCCUCAGACAAAGGGCUUGCGCACAGGCCAGCGAGCUUCCGGCCCUCUCAGGUGAGCGCAUUGCGCAGUACUUGAAGCGGACUCCGCUCAAGGCUCCCGGGCCCGAUGGUUGGACGGCUCAUGUCGCCAGAGCCCUUAGCCUGGAACAGUGCUGUCAGCUUGCCGGCGUCAUCAGGCACUCUGAGCUCAGUGGGGAUUUCCCCGCUCAGUGGGCCGUUUCUUUGGUGGUUCUUCUUCCAAAGAACAGCGACAUCGAAAGGCCCAUCGCUUUGAUGCAUGUGCUGCUCAAAGCAUGGAUGAAAUUGAGAUGGUCGCUGCUGCAGCAAUGGCAGGAGAAGUUCGCAGCAGAAGCGUGGUGGGACUCUUGUGGCCCUGGCUUCUCAUGUCUCGACGUGGCGGUGCGUCGCCUCAUCCAGUAUGAGUGUACUCACUCCGUCUCGGAGCAUCGUAUUACUUUAUACCUGGACUUGAGUUGUUUCUACGAAACAAUCAGCCACGCGCGCCUGAUCGAGCAUGCGAACGCU